UUCUCCGCGGAAGGUUCGAGGCCAGCAAAACGGAUUUGUUGGAUACGCGUUGUGUGGAAUAUUUGGUUCUGAUGGGAAGGUGUGUCUCUCUGCCCGUGGACAUGGACUGCUGACGCCCACCUGCUGCAACAAGCCCAUCACGUCGUGUCGCGCCCCGGUGUGAUCCGUUGAGGAGGGGUAAGAAGGUGAAGAAUAAACCAGCCGGGAAUUGCUAAUGCUACCAAACGAUACUCUUGGGAAACGAAACGCCACCGUGACGAUCUUGGCGUUCAGCGUUGCCGGUUCCAAUUCCGUUCGGUAGUUCGUUCGAUAGUGCGUUAGCCGGGAAGUCUUCAAUUGUCAUCCGGUUUUCUUCAGAGCAACAGAUAAGUGUUUGGUUGAUGCGAGAAUAAUAAACUUAGUUGAAGUGAAGGAAAAAAAAACAAAGGCGACAAUAAUGGAAAACGUAAUUAAUGUCAAACAAAUAUAAAAGUGUUUAAAUACUGAUGAAAUAAUUUCCUCUCGACAUUCCGGUGUUAGGUAGCAAGAAGACAUAGAAAAAACCAAUUCAUCAAGAAAUAAAUUCAAUUUCCGGAUAAGUGAGUGCAUUUACGGUGAGAGGUUCGUUCCCACAACGGAACGGUGUGUUUAGGUACGUACGACAGUGUGGGAGUAAAUUUUAUUGUGUGUAUAACGGGUAAAGUGUGACAAUAAUAACAGCAACAAUUCGAUUAUCGAUGCGUAAUAUUUAGAGGCGGGGGAGGCUUUGCUAUAGAAAUAUUUCGAUUACUGGAACACAUCAAGGCUGAAUGCUCAUUUAACGAUUGUAGGAUUCUGUUUAUCGUUUCGGAUCGAAAAAAAAUUGAUAAAUGAUUGAUUUUUGGACAAACAAAAAAAAACUCGUUUCCAUGGCUACUGUGGCUGAACAACACGACUCCAUAAUGCUGAGGUUGGUAGUUGGCACAAGAUUCCUCAAAUCAGAAAAUUUCCUGUAGCAUGUGAACUGGUCACACGCUGCACUACACAGACAAAGAUUAACACGGAUGUGGCGGAUGCCUGGACCAGAUGGUGCUUGAAUCGUGCCCCGGCUCACUUGAUUGGAUUGACAGCGAAUGUUCCGGAAUCGUCCUGGCUUGCGUGUGUGCUAUUUUGAAUACCAUUUCCAUUCCGUUCAGCUGCAGUUGAGUUCAGUGUUUCGAUCCGGAUUAAACGACGUCAGUUUUUGGGUGUUGCGCGAAAAUAAGGUUAUUCAAGCCAAUAAAAUGGGGUAAUAUACAGUAAUUCAGUAGUGCGCUAACCAAAGCGAAAAUCAGUCGCCAUGAAGUCCCCGAUGGACUUGAAAAAUGUACCGGACAAUUUUCUAGCCACGGUAGUGCAGGUAGUGCUCGGAAUUGUCGGUGACCACAACGAAACGCUGCACGGUGAUUACAGCCGACCGGUGCUGAAACCGGUGGUGUCACGGAUCUAUCCACUGUUCAUCAUCAUCUAUGCCAUCCCGGCCGCACUGGGCAUUGCGACCAAUGUCCUAAUCGUGUCGUACAUUUGCAAGUACCGCUUGAACCGGGAUGCCACGCAGGCUUUCGUGGUGAAUCUGGCCGUCUGUCAUACGGUGCAGUGUGCCUUCGUACUUCCGAUUACGCUGGCGGUCAUGCUGAUCCAGAACUGGAUUUUCGGCCAGUUCAUGUGCUUCUUUCUGCCACUACUGCAGGACAUUCCGCUGCACGUUGCCAUGAUUUCCCACCUGCUGAUCGCCUGGGACCGGAAGCGAUGGCUGACGGAUCCGCUGAAAGCCCGACUACCGGCGUUUGUCUGCAGCUGUGCCUCCUGGCUAGCCGGGAUGGUCAUUGCCCUUCCGUAUCCCAUCUACACGACCUAUCUGGACUUGGGGAAAUAUGUGCCGAAAUUCGAGGGCGUCGGGAUCUGUGCGUUCAAUCUGGUCGACGACAUGCAGGAGUACAUGCGAGGAUUAUUCGUAAUUAUGUACUGUGCACCGACGACUUUGCUUGGCUAUCUGUACAUACGGACGAGCCGGGAACUGCGACCCCCCGAUGGACCGCUGUCCAUUAUGAUGUUCGAGGCUCGGGCCGAGGCGAGGACCAGACAGAUCCGUGCAAGUCGCAACGGAUCAUCCGGGGGUGGUGGCGGAGGAGGAGGAGGAGGAGCAGGAGGAGGCGGUGGAUCCGGUGCAAAUUUGAGUACCAACUCACGAACCUACGACCUUUACGACGCCGAGGUGGAUGUAAAUCGAGAGAAACGAACCCAGCGACAUCUGGGAGCAAUGGCUUCCGCCCAGAUUCUGUGCGUUUGCCCGUUGAUGAUUUUGAGGCUGGCCCGAAUGACACUGGUGGAGACGUACGACAACCAGGCACACUUUGACAUUACCUAUCUGAUGUUCGUGUGGAUUGCAUUCCUGCCGACCGUCAUUGUUCCCUGGAUCUAUGCCAGCUGGGUGCUGUCGAGACCGGCCAAGCAACGUCUGCGAGGUUAUCUGCGUCUCUCGUCUCGCCGGAAUACCAAAUCCGAACCAUCGAUCGACGACGGCAGCUCCCCACCCGAUAUCAAAACGCCCCUGUCGACGCAGAUGUCAACGGUAAGUAGCAGUCACGGGCCGUCGACGGUGGCCAUGGCUUCUGGUUCGACGACUACUUCCGAUCCGGUAGCAGUCGAACCCCGACGACAGCCGAUUGCACCUGCGCCUGGUAAAACGACGCUAACCCCCUCCGAUCGACCGAAACUUCCGGUCGAAGCUGCUACGAAAAAAUCAUCACACUCGAACGGAGAAAGUUCCAGAACGGAUGAUGGUCCGGUGUUUAGGCCGACAGGAUCGAAAAGUGGACGCCCGAAACGGCAGCUUCCGCCACCGCUUCGCAUCGAACACAGCAACUUCAACAAGACUCCGUCGACGAGGAGCCGUAAUUCGACUGGAACCGUAACUCAACGAUCCUCACUGAGAUCGACCAACGGCAGAACAGGUAGUUUUAGUAGUGGCCGGAAUCCUGUGGAUGUGGCGGCAGCCGAAGAGGAAGAUGACUACUCUUCAUCGCUGGCAGGACACGGUUCCAACGUGACUUCCAGCACCUACUGCAACAUCAACGAACGUGAAGUCGUCGCUCCCGAGUUGUACGUUUCGCACCAGCAGAACUCUGUGCGGAAGUCAGCUUCACCUUACUAUCAAGGAACUAACAACGAAGAACCGAAUGACAUCGAUUCCGAUUCGGACAUCUACCAACGAAGAACCACUCGGUACGGAUCACUCUCCAACCAGGAGCCCGCUGGUAUUUUGAAAGCAACUCCAUCAAUAAUAUCCGUCAACGAAAGUGAGUACUCAUCCCGAAAGGAUUCCCUCAGUACGCUGUCCCGGGAUAUGGAGAUCAUCGACCGGUUGGAGCGCGAACGCAGUAUGGACAUCCAGGAAAUGAUCCAACGCGAGAAGAACUACGAGUACUAUCUGGCACGUCAGAAUUCCAAGCUGAAAUUCUCGACCAACUUUGAUGACUACUUCGAGGAAGAACCGUCCCACGCGGUAGGUACUCGGUCCAUCUCACCGCACGUCGUCCGGAACGUCCCGAACCGUCGCACCAGCAACCUUAGCUAUGGAUCUGCCAAACGGGACAGCGGUUACGAACAGUCACUGGCGGGGACACCACCGGCUCUGCUGGCUACCGGAACUCCGGGAACUACAACGGCACCGAUGGGACCACCCGUGGUGAAACCUGCUCCGCUAAACGAUGUCUAUCUGCAGAACAGUCGCGGUCCCCGAAGAUCGCUGGAACUGGAGCGACAACGGUUUCCCCGGACGUACAGUUCGCGUUCGGCACGCAGUUCGACCAGAUCACGCGAUCGAGUUAGCUUUCAUGACGAUAUCUAGGUCGGUACAGUAGAGAGCGCUGCCCAGUGUUUUGUGCCAAAUCAUUGAAACUCGACUUGAGGCUGUUUGUCGAAACUUACAUACCAGGAUUUAUUCAUGUUAGUAGAUAAACGUUACGGAUUUUAUAAACUGAAUAUAUUGUAAGAGAUUUGCUCAUUGUUCGAAGAAACAAAAAAAAAAAUAUAGGUUUUUGGAGUCGAAACUGUUGAAAGGAUCAUGGAAGAUCACAAAUCGGUAGUUUUCAAAUUGCAUAACGAAGCUUCGAUUAACCAUCGGUGCAGGGAGUUUUGGACCGUUUUCUAGAGUAAUCAACCUGAGUUUGAUCAAAACAUGUCACAUUUUUACGUUAUGUCGUCAAUUUAUCAGUGCAUUAGCAGUUUAUGUUGAACUGCUAAUGCCACCUCACGGUUCAACAAAACUACGAAAUAGCAAAGCAGUUACUAAGUUUUGUACAUUCAGCGCUUCAGUACAAAUAUGAUCUUUCAUUGCAAAAAGCACUUUGAAACCAAAAAAUAUUGGUGUUGGCAAUUCAACAUGAACUGCUAAUGCACUGAUGAGUCGAUGACGAAACGUAGAACUAUGAAAUAGUUAUGUUUACUUGCGGCUUGUUCGCGACAUAAUCGGGACAGAUUAAAUUGAGUCAUCUUAAAACAAAUUACAGUAACAUAAUUGGGCUGCAUAAAGAAAUUACGAACUUUUGAGUUCACUCCAGGCAUUAGGGUCUAUGCAAACUUCUCUACUACCAAUUUAGCUGUUUUUGUCCAAGAUUUUCGAAAUUUUUCUUUAGUUGUAGUUGUAAUUGUAGCUGUCUCAAGCCCAAUAUCGCUCGAUAGGUCGUAACUUCGUGCAAUCAGGUGGAUUCGUCUCUUUCGGUACAGCAUUUCAAAACAUCUUUGGCAAAGUGACAAGAUGCCAAAUCACGCCAAAAUAAAAAGAGCACACCCCGGCUGCCUAUGAAUGAUACCAAUCGCUACAUUAGGCAUUCUUCACGGUAUAUUGCCUUGUUUACCGUUCCGGUAGUGACGAAGCUUGCUUCAUCACAGAUGCAUUUUUUGGGAUAUUUGGACUUUUCCUUUGUACUGAAAUGCUUACCUACGCCGUUCCGAUACUCUUCAUCGAUAGGGGUUUCCUCCGUAGAUUGGGAUGACGUCCGAGGCAACUCCGAUGUGUCGGGUCAUUGUCAUUCCAAAGCAACAAAUUUCUAUUGAAAUCAGCUCAAAAAAUCUUCUCGGCCAACUUCAUAAGACAUCGUUGUGAAUUUCGAACAUUUGCGCUGCACUCAAAUUUUGCGUCAAAAACUCCAAGCAACCAAAUUUUCGCUCUGAGAAGGCAAACCCAAGCAUUCACUUUUACUAGAUGUUCGGCAAUGUGCUAAAUUGAAUCGGUACUGUUUCCCAACCAGGCACGUUUCCCUCGAACCGAGAAGUUGCUUCAGGCGAUAAUAUCGUGCAUUUUUUCGCAAAUUUUCAUUUUAUUUCGAAUCGCGUAACUUUUUCCAUCCGGGAAAUUCGUUUAGGCAAUUUAGAUUUCUUUUGUCAAUCGUUUUUCUAUUUAUUCUUUCCGUUAGGUACAGAUAAAAUCUUGAAAAAAAGAGUCAAAACAUAGCGCGAUGGGUAAGUCAAUGCCAUUCACGUAGUCCACCCGGGUUCGAAUCCCAACCCCGCAGAAAGUUUUUCCGGCUUGAAGAGGUGAAUAAACUUAGCGUUAAAAUCUCUGUGAUCCAUACAAAAAAAAAAGUUCAAAACAGUUCUACCCCUUCCCAAGACUCAAAACAAAUCGCUAGAAUGCAUAUUGCCCGACAUUUCGAUUGACUCCUGUCAUCAUGUUUUGCAUAGUCUUCUUGGUCACUUCCCCUCGUAGAACACCAGAGUGCCUGAAGUCUAUAUUCGUCGUUCGUCUUGAGAUUCCGCUUGAAAAUUGAGAAAGUUAAAAGUAGUCCUUUGUGUUGUUGUUUGGACGUUGUUCGUCCUAUGAUCUUUUUUUUUCCGGUAAAGGCAAGAUGCCAAAUCCAACCAACAGUAGUGAAAUCAGACUUUUCGGAAAGCAGAAGAAAACUUAUCAAAAAAAUUAGAGGGUUGUAUUCAAGACACGACCGAGCACAAUAACAUUAAAAAUGAAAAGUUUCUAGGGUCUUCAUAAUAAAUACAAAAAUAAAGAUGAUAAUGAUGAUGAUACACUAAACUUCACUACACUUCAAAGUUACUUGAAAGCUCAAUUUUAGAUACAAACAACCUGAAGAUUUAAAACUGAACAAAUGAAACUAUUUUAUUUUAUGAUGAUAAUUUUCGAGAAACGUACAAACUAAUUAAUAAUUUGAUUUGAUUUAUAUCGUUUAUUUACCCCCAGUUUUAACCUAAUAAUGGUCGUUCACUGGGUGAACUUAUUAAUUUUAUAAACAGUUAAUCGAUCCAUGAGAAUGUUGUACCAGUAAUCUCAGUAAUGGUGUAAUUUUUUUAAUCCUUCAAAAUCGUCGAUAAUCUUCGGAAAGUGUCGGUAAAUAAUAUUGCAACAAUACGAGGAAGAAAACAUGUGAAACAGUCCGCAUAAAAUAUUUAGUUACUUACAUUGAUUUUCGCUUUGGCAUAUUAGGAAUAUACGGAAUGGAUACGCAACAAAAUUCUAAAAUUUUGUUCAUAUUGGAACUUGAUGUUAAUAACACAUGAAUGAACAUUGUCAUAGUUACAACGCGUGAAGCCAUCAGACGCUUAUUGUUUUGAAGCAAAUAAUAAUUGAACUAAAAAUAGCGGUUAACCAAAUUUUACGAGGGUUCCUAUUCAAACUAUACAUGUAAAAUCGUAGGUAAACUUACCUUGAGUUUAUCUUUUAAACUAUAUGAUAUUGCAUCUAAUUGUACUGUAUAUGUGAGCCUGUGGAACUCAUUUAUACUACUAAACUGAGGAGGCCGCUUUUAGAUAAGUUUCAGAAUUUAAUUUUGAAUCUUUUGAAGCGUUUAAUUCCUAGUGGGACAACAACUUGUUCAGUCACAUUGCCACGCUUUGUUCGUAUGGGAAUGGAGAUUUAAGUAAGCAAACCGAUCCGUUGACAAAUUAAAACAUUUUUAAGCUUACAAUAUUGAAGCUUUGGGAUCAUUUAAAUUAGGAAAAUCCAUUAACAAAUCAUCGAGGAACAAGCGCUACAAUUUAGAUCCGAAAAAUCUAUCGCCGAUAAUUCUAAAUUGGCCUGAUAGUUACCAGAGAACCAAAAUAAAAUACUCAAUUCAAACCAAUUUUUCAAUGGUAUGUAAUUGAAAUAUUCAAAUGACGUUAUUUCGUAGGUUUAAGUUAAAUGUUUCCGAAUCGAUUGUUUGUUGAAUUAUAUUAAUCCAUUAACAAAUGACUGAGUUCUAAGCGUUCAAAAUUAUGACAGAAAAAGGUUACGCGAUUAGUUUUGCAUGUUUUAAAUUGACACCCAGCCUCGGGAUGCGAAGUGUAAGGCAUUUUUAAUUGCAAAAUCGACCAAAAAUUUACUAAAUACAUGGGAUAUUUCAAAAGAAUCGGUAACCACGCUGAUCGGGUUCUUCAAUAGCUAGAUACUCAAGCGAACAUGGUGUUGCACAGACAACAGGAAAUUUCACCAAAACAUAAUGCAAAAGCGACAAUCCAGCAAGUGAACGCAUAUACGAUCCAGUCAUCAGCUCACUGGACGAGCUACUUGUUUCAUUCACAGUCAAACAUCAACUAGGCAAAGAAAUAUUGUGCAGCCUAUAUUUAUAGAUUUCUCUUCAUACUACGCAGUACGAUGCGGUGUUUUUUAUGCAUGACGCAAAGCCUCCUAUGCCGAACUAGAAGUUGACGUCAUUUUGUACAACAGGGAUUGGUGGAUGAAAACAUAGGUCGAUUCCAACCAUUUUUUCAAUAGUAUGCUAUCGAAAUACUGAAACGACGUCGUCAUACAUAUUUAAGUUAAAAGUUUCCGAAACGAUUGGUUGUUUAAUUAUAACAAUCCAUCAACAAAUGACCGAGUUAUUAACGUUCAAAAUUAUGACACAAAAAGGUUACGCGACUAUUUUUGAAACUUUUAAUUGACACCCGGCCCCUUAUAGUGAAGAGUAAGGCAUUUUUAAUGCCAAAAAGUUCAUCAGAAGAAUCGGGGUAGAACGACAUAACACGAUUCGAGGAAUCUUUCAAGCUAAAUGUAAUUUAAUUUGUGAGCGGUAAAAUACGAAACACAAAGCAUUUCUGGCCAACCUUUAUCUGAUCAAAACCCAUUGGAAGAAUUUUUAUUUUCAGAAAAUUCAUUUAUGAAGAUGAUUUUGGGGUAAAACAGGAUAGAGUUAUUUGCAGAUAUUUUGAUAAAUACCACUUCGUAUCUGAAAUAUAUUUUGUUUGCCCGCUUUAGUUUUUUUCACCGUUCUACUCUUCGAACUAAAGUCGGGUAAAGAGAGAUUUUUGGGGUGAAACGGGCAUAAUUUUGAAUCGAUUAUACUGACAUUUGUGCAUAAGAAAUACCUACCUGAAAAUAUUUCCUUAGAUUUCAAUAAAAUUAUGGAAUAAAGUUGCGUUUUUGAUCCCUUUUGCUUUUCUCCAUAGCGACUUUUCAUUAGAGUUCCGGAGAUCCCUAAAGUUCAAUGAAAUCGGAAAAUAUCACGUUUGAAAGCUAAUCUUGAGAUGUGGAUUAAGUAUGAAGAUUAAAUGACUGUCAUUCUUGGUUCUGGAGAUAAAACAGUAAAAGUGACGUAACCGACAAAACGCAUUUUUUUCUCGGAGAUGGCUGAAGCUGACUUCUAACUAAUUGAGGCUUGUUUGAAAGCUAUUUUUUUUUAUUUUUUUUUAGAUAAUAGUCGAAAAUCAAAUGGCUGUAUUCCUGGUUCCGGAGAUACGUUGGUAUAAGUGAAAUAAUCGACAAAACGUAUUUUUGCCUUUCUCAUAUAGAAAGGUUAUGCAAUCACUGUGAAAACCGACUUUUGAACCGAGACCCGGAGGGCCGACGGUCAUAUACCAUUCGACUCAGUUCGUCGAGUACGCAAAAUGUGUGUGUGUGUGUGUGUGUGUGUGUGUGUGUGUGUGUGUGUGUGUGUGUGUGUGUGUGUGUGUGUGUGUGUGUGUGUGUGUGAGAGAGAGAGAGAGUGUGUGUGUAUGUGCGUGUGUGUAUGUAACGUUUUUUGCACUAACUUUUCUCAGAGAUGGCUGAACCGAUUUUCAUAAACUUAGAUUCAAAUGAAAGGUCUUGUGGUCCCAUACAAAAUUCCUGAAUAUUAUUUGGAUCCGACUUCCGGUUCCGGAAAUAUGGGGUGAAAUGUGCAAAGACAAAAGAAAAUAUGUGUUCUAACUUUUCUCAUUGAUGGCGCAACCGAUUUUUACAAACUUAGGUUCAAAUGAAAGGUCCUGUAGUCCCAUACGUAAUUCCUGAAUUUCAUGCGGAUCCGACUUCCGGAUCCGGAAAUAUAGGGUAAAGUGGGUCAAAAAUUGUAUACCAUCACUGAAAAUGGGGAAAAACCUUAAAAAAAUUUCUAAAUCGACCUCAAAUCUUCUCCAAUUGAUAGUUUUUAUCAGUAGAUGGUCAAACAAACCGAUAUCGGUUAUUCUUCUAAGAAUCGAAGAAAAUUAUUUUGAAGAAUACCACAGUAUUUUAUAUGAUAGUAUGAUUGAUAUGAGAAAGGCAUCAUUACACCACUAGGUGGAUUAAAACAGGUUUUUUACUUUCCGUUCGUUUUUUUUUUGACAACUAAAGCGAUUUUUACAAGCUUUGGCCCGUUUGAGAGCUAAUCUUGAGAUGAGAAAUAAGUUCGAAUAUCAAAUAACUGUCAUUUUUGGUUCUGAAGAUAGAAUGGUAUAAGUGACGUAACCGACAAAAUGCAACUUCUUCAAUUCCGUACAACUUCUUCAAUUCCGUUCCGUGCUUCUUCAAAAUGCAACUUCUUCAAUUCCGAUUUUAACAAACUUAGGCUUGUUUAAAAGCUUUUUUCGGAUUGUGGAUCAUAUGUUCGAAUCAAUUGGCUGUCAUUCCUGGUUAGGGAGAUACGCUGGCAUAAGUGAAAUAACCGAGAAAACGCAUUAUUUUUUACUUUCCGCUCAAUUUUUUCGAUAUAACUACAGCGAUUUUCACAAGCUUUGGCCCGUUUUAAGGCUAAUUUUGAGAAGAGAUAUACUUUUGAAUGUCAAAUAACUGUUACUUUUAGUUUCAGAGGUAUAAUGGUAUAAGUGACGUAACCGACAAAAUGCAUUUUUUUCUCUUUCCUCAAUUUUCUCGGGGAUGGCUGAAUCGAUUUGAACUAAUUUGGAUUUGUUUGGAAGCUGAUUUUGUGUUGUGAAUCAUAUUCGAAGAUUACAACUUACAAGCUUUGACCCGUUUGAGAGCUAAUCUUGAGAUGAGAAAUAAGUUCGAAUAUCAUAUUACUGUCAUUUAUGGUUCCGGCGAUGUAAUGGUAUAAGUGACAUAACCGACAAAACGCAACUUUUUCCCUUCCGCUCGAUUUUCUCGGGGAUGACUGAACCGAUUUCAAUAUUUCUUGGCUCGUUUGGAAGCUUUUUUGGGUAGUGGAUAAUAUUCGAAAAUCAAAUGACUGUCAUUACUGGUUCCGGAGAUACGAUGGUAUAAGUGAAGUAACCAUCGAAAUACAUUUUUUUUACUUUUCACUCAAUUUUUUCGAAAUAACUACAGCGAUUUUUACAAGCUUUGGCCCGUUCGAAAACUAAUCUUGAGGUUUGAAUAAAGUUCGAAGUUCAAAUAACUGUCACUUUUGGUUUCAGAAAUAUAAUGAUACAAGUAACGUAACCGACAGAACGGCAUUUUUUCCUUCCGUUCGAUUUCUUUGGAUGACCUAACCGAUUUCAACAAUUCUAGAUUCGUUUUGCGCUCGUUCGCUACUGUUGGAUCAUUGAUCAAGUUCGAAGAUCAAAUUACUGCUUCCGAGGAUGUGAUCGUAUAAGUGUCGUAACGGACGAUAAAUGGGAUAAGCGACGUAUGCGAUGUAGCCCAUUCCUGUCAACAACUUGAACGAUUUGUUCCAAAAAAAAUCAGUUCAAAUUCGUGACAGAAAUUAUUCAUAUGAAAGAAAAAUUGUUUUGAUGAGACUGACAUUUGAGAUCUGAAAUGUGUUCGAAGUUCAAAUAACUGUCAUUUUUGGUUCCGGAAAUAUACUGGUAUAAGUGACGUAACCGACAAAAUUACAUUUUUCUUUUCCGCUAGAUUUUUUCAACAUGACUUGACCGAUUUCAACAAUUCGAAGUUCGUUUGAAAGUUACUAUUGGAUCAUUGAUCAAGUUUCAAGAUCGAAUUGCAGAUACUUCCGGUUCCAAAGAUAUAAUCGUAUAAGUGUUGUAACCGGCAAUAAGUCGAAUACGCAACGUAUGCGCUAUAGUCCGUCCUUCUGAAUGACUGGAAAUAAUUCAUAGUUAACGACACUCUUAGGUAAAGGGUCAGCAUAAUUCCGGUUCACACAUUUUCAUCAACCAUUGUUAAAUCCCGUUUGUGGUUUGAGACAUCUUUCAUCCAGUGUCAUAUCUAAUCUCUAAGCAUGUCAUUAUUAUAGUUGAAUCAUAAACCACAUUCCAUUUAAACGACUGUGCUUGAAUACGGCCUAAGGCCAGACUGGGUUUACCUUCGAUAGAGUGACGCCAUACCGCAACCAACAAAAUUCGAAUGGGUGACCGUAAUUUCUAAAUCAAACAUUCUCAGUUACACAAUGGGCUAGAAUUAGCAAACAAUUUAAGCUCAACCAGCCGACAGGAUCAUUUAUUAUUCUAUUUAUACUAAGUACGAAGGCCUCCGGGCGACAACUACACAUCUGUAUGUUGCCAAUUUAUGGUUUAAUUAAUAUGAAAGGUUAACCGACAAAGGCAUAGGCGGGGACUAUUCAAAACAAGACUUAUUCUGUUGACAGUUUCAGUUUGUUCGAACAAAGGAGGCGGCCAUCAUAUCACCUCGGCAACCAAAGGGGGAAGGGGAAGUUUUCAACUCCGAACCGAAUGUGACAAGCCGGGAAAUUAAUUGAGUUAAGUGAAACAACAUUUCUGCUUUUUUUGUUGAGAUGCACAACGCGACCCGAGAAUUUAGCCCGAAGGACAAUGUUUGCUCGAUUAAACAAUUGUUCCUUGAAGGAGGUUUCCCAUUCAGCAAAGUAAACUGCACUGUACAAUACCGACAGUAGUGUUGUAUUUGACGGUUGCUCUAGUCAAACACCCUGCGGCCUCCUCCUCUUGGAAGGAUCGAGUUUUCAUAGAAUCCAUUAAAAUUCCCUUUUUAUCCUCAACCAGUAAGCAAUUGUUUAUCUCGAUUAGGGAAACGAGUUAUGGCGAGACAGACAGAGAGAAAGAGAGAAGGAGAAAGUUCUGCUCAAUGAUUUUACGCAUUUUCCAAGUGAAAAAGCAAACACUUAUGAUGCAAAGCUGCUUAGUCGUAUGCCAACAAAUGCCAGUCGAUUUGCAUGAAAACUAUCUCCGGUUCGCUAGCCGGGAAAUGCCGGUGCUUUCGGAUGAGACUUAAUGAAUCCUAUAUCGGCAACGGUGGAUUUCUGAAAAUGUUUCGAGAAACGGAGUUGAACGGUUUCCCCCAACCAGAGAACGAAAAAGUAGGAUGUUUCUUCAUUGAACCUUCCACCAAUCGCACUCGCAUGCAAAUGGCUUGGAGUUUUUUGCUUCUCCAAGUAGGUGAAUGCAUGCUUUUGCUUUCAACGUUCUAACCUAAGCCCUGUACUGGAGGAAAAUACCGAAAGCCUAAUUUCCGGCCUUCCUCCGGUUGUAUCGGAAUACGAAUGGCAAUCGGAAGACGACGGUGGUGAGGGAGGUAGGCUUGGAGUGUAAUCGUUCUGCUUCUUUUGUCCUCGGCGGGUGAAACUGGAUUAGGAUUACCGCCGAGGGGUGAUAAACUCAUUGUACGGCACUGCCGAAAGAUGCUUCAGUUUUGCUUUUUGGUACGAUUGAACCGAUAGACCUAGGCAAUACCACCCGAAGAGACAGGAAAUAGAAGUCGGUGAGUCCGACGCGGCCCAGGCCCACAUCAUCCACUAAUUGCGUUUUCUGAAUUCCUUCCUUCCAUUUCACAAUGUUCAACCGGAAUUAGGCUUACAAAAACAUUAAUUCACCGUCCAGUGGAUGUAAUUCGUUAGAGGAGAAAGAAUUCGAACCAAAUCUGACAGGCUGUCAGUAACUGGGAAGCUUAGCGUCAAGAAGGUCGACCGAAUUUGUCAAUUUUGUCGAUAGGAUUGUUCGCCGCUUGCUUGGGUUCAAGAUUUUUUUCUAAAGUUUAUUUGGAAAAGGAUAAAAAAUUUUCUUUUAAAUUGUUAUUGUCGAAAAAUGACAAAUCCCACAAAAUCAGUUAAGUCUUUAUAUUAAAGUACUGAAACCCUCUUCGCCAUAACUUUUCUGGUUUUGAUUAACAUUGUAAACUUUCAAAUAAGCCUAAAUUUAUCGAAAUUCGUUGAUUCCUUUUAGAAAAAUUUCGACCGAUGAAAAAAUGUACGGCUAGUCGGUUACGUCACUCAUACUAUUAUAUCCUCAGAAUCGGAAGUGACAACCAUUGGAUUUUCGAACUUCAUCCCAAAUACAAUAGUAGCUUUCAAACGAGCCUAGACUUGUAGAAACCGAUUCAGCCAACUCUAAGAAAAUCAGGCGGUAAAUAAAACAACGCGUUUUGUCGUUUACGUCACUUAUGUCAUUAUAUCUUCGGAACCGGAAGUGACAACCAUUCGGUUUUAGAACUUAUUCAAUGGUCCAAUAGUAGCUUUUAAACUAGCUUAAGCUUGUUGAAAUCGGUGCAACCCAUCUCUGAGAAAACUGAGUGGUUAAAAAUCUUCGAAAACUACACGCACACACAUGCAUACAGACAUUUCUCCGAUCUCGUAUAGCUGAGUCGAAUGGUUUUCAACACUAUGAAAACCCUCCGGCUCCGUUUUAAAAUCGAUUUUUCAGCAAUCCUAUUACAUUUAUAUAAACAAAGGCAAAAACCUAUUUCAAUUAACCUUUAGGUGUAAUGAGGGCUUUCUCAUAUUACUCAUAUUUUCAUAAAUGUCACAAAAGGUUUCUUGAAAAAAAAAAAAACAAUUGAAACCUGAAUAAAAACUAGAAUGUUUUGCUUUGGGAAUAAACCAAAAUAACCUUCUUAAUUUGUAAACAGUUAUAAGAUAAACAUAGAAUAAUUUAUCCGUUUUGUGAAUCGCCCCUCUGAGAGACAAUUUGCAAUUUUUAACACACUUCAUUCUCUAGCUUCGUAACCCUAAGUCGGAUCCAGACAAAAUUCUAUUGCAACUUGUAAGACCAUAACACUAUUCAUUUAAGUUUCGGUUUAGCCAUCUCUGAGAAAAUGAAGCGAGUACCCUUUUUUAAUUUUUUGACCGGACACACUUCUCUCUUUCUCUCUCUCUCUCUAGUUCCGAAACCGAAAGUCGAAUCCGGAUGAAAUUCAAUAGCAACCUAUGGUAUAAUUACAUACUGCCUUAGCUCUACGAUGCCAUGGGUAGGUUUCGAACUUUUGACUUGACUCCUGCCGUCAAGGUUUGGACAAUCAUCUGUCUGUUCUCUGGUGUUUGUUUGUGAGCUUUUGUCCACUUCUGCUUGGAAUUUUGAGCCGAUUUUGACUCUCCAACAAUCAACAUUCGUUAUUGCCUAAAUUUGCUCUGGCCAGUUUGGAUGAUAAAUGUCACAUUAACACCAUUAACAUUAUUUUUCAAGGAUUUUUUUUCGUUCCUAUAGCAGGUAGUGGCAAAAUGCCAAAUCGCCCAAAAAUGGAUUGUUUUGCGAACGCUGCUUUAGAAGUGAUAGUAGGCGUUUUUAAAGGCACUCUAGAGCAUACAUUUCACUGUUAGUAUUGCUGGUUUAGACAUUUAGUUAUGGUUGAUUUACCGCUCAUACAGAUGGCUUGCCAAAUAAGAUAUUAUUUCGUGUAAAUUUGUCUAUUUUCGACAUUUUUAAACAGAGACUAUAGACUUCCUCUGUUCUUCGUAGUGUACAGAAUUUAUUAUCAGGUAAUUAUGGAAAGUCAGCCUUCACAUUUGUUUCAUCGUUCUCUACGAUGCGACCUGUAUGUACUGUACCUUAAAUGUUUCGGAUCCGAGUUUUUGCUUCCUCAAGCGCUUUGUGAUAUUGUCUAUUGCAAGUUCUCCAUCAUCUAGGAUUUGGAUGUCCUCAGUCCCCAUCUCACUGCAAGGGAUCGAUAGGAUCUAAGACUUUUGAAAAAUCAAUUAUCGUUUCUUUAUAUUUUCUUAUAGUAAAACAUUUCAAGAAUUUUUUGUCAAACUUUCAAGCGUACCGAAACAAAACUCUGGAAGUUAUGGGCCUUUAUCUUUUCUUAUAUCUUCCUGAGAAGAGGGAAGAGCCCAGCGUACAGGCCCAAGUGUUCUGUUUCGAUUAACUUGAAAACUUGACAAAACUCAAACUUAACAAAAUAUCAAGAAAAAUAUGAUUUUUCGUAAGUGUUAGAUCCUCUUCGCCCCCAAAAAAAUUGUUGUUUCCUACGAUUUACCAAUUAUUUUUAAAUUUUGCACAGUUCAUACAUAUAAAAUACCCGAUCCAAACAUUUUACUUCUCGUUUUUUUUGUUACUUUUGGAGGUUUUACAGCUACAAAAUGGCGGAUUUUUACGUGAAAAUUCAUAGUUUUGACUUUAAACAACCACCAGAAAUUAACAAAAAAAGGAACAAAAACAUAGGGGUCUAGAGAAACAUCUACUAAUCACAACAACAUUUCGCAGCUUCUGGUGAAGAGACGCCAUGUUCGAAACUUCAAUUCAACGGUAGACAAUAUGUACGUCGAAACUUAAAAAAGUUGUAGUCGGAUGACUAUAAAAUUUGGCCCAAAAAGCUCGUGAGUAGAGAUUUGUCCGGAGCCACAACAUAUGGCCGAACGUUGUCGUGAUAAAACAUUAUGGAAUCAUGCCGUUUUCCUUCAUUAUCCGCUUCGUUCGUAGUUUCAAAGUAUAAUAUUAACUUCUUCUACUAUCAUUCCAAAAACAUUUCGGACAAGCAAAAUCGCCUAGUUUUCAGUUCGUUUACAUUUUUUAUUUUAAAUUGCGUAUUCGUACUGCGGUUUCUGAAUUCUUCAAAGUCCGCUUCAAACUCAGUAAAUAUUACAAGUAGUUAUAAUUCGCUUUGGGGCUGAGUUACGUAGGUUUUAAAGAAAAAAAGGUUCUUCUUGUUUAAUAUAUUUUAGGUUUAACUUGCAUCACGCCUUUUUUCUCAGUUUUUAAUUACAAUCGAUUUAGCUUUUCUCUGUAGAAAGGACAUAGAACUACUGAAUAAAUCGAUUUCGAUCGGAGCCUCGGAAAGCUCUUACAUUUUAUACUCAGCUCACUUUAUUGCUUAGUUUUACUUACAUCAGGGCUCAGAAUUUUAUAAUAGAUUUUAUUUCUUCUUCGUAUAUAAAUGAAACACAUGAUUUGGUAAUUGUUCGGAAUAAUUAUAUAAGCGGCAGUGACUCAAUGACCACACUAACGAAUUGCUUGCCAAACAAUAAAAUUUUUCUAAACUUGGGACAAUUUUUUUCCGUUUUUUCACCAUGUAGAAUCGCGGCUUGAUGCCGUUUUUGUAGAUCGGUUUAUAAAUAUGGCAUUGUUAAAAGCGGAAUUACGUCAACUGACAAAUGCUUCUGCGAACAUAUUCAGAAGUAAAAUGUAUGCAUCGCACAAAUUGUAAGCACCGUACAGAUAAAGUUCGAUGAUUUACAAAGCCUUCCCAUAGCAGAAAGUCAAAGUCUACAACAGAUUGUAGCGACUAGACUGCUGUACAGGAUGUGAGUUCGGUAUUUUCGUCAAUGUUUUUUGGAAUUUAAAUGCAUUUGGGAAAAAGAACAUCUUACAAAUCUUCUUGUCCAAAUUUGGAUAGAAUAAAUUUUCAACCACGAGUUCCCAAAUCGGUUUAGCGAGCUGAAAAAUGAAAGACAACGGUGAUCUGUCCUCAUUUUGGGGCUUACAGUUUUGGUAUUCUGUCAGACUUUAGCAAAUAUCGAAGAAUGCCAUGAUAUUUUAUGCGCAGCGCCCAAAAAGUGAUCUAAGUACGAUUCUGGUGUCUGGUUUCUAUAGAAACGGUCCAUAGUUUUUUUUCUAUUUGUACUACACUAAAUAAGGAGGAUUUCGAUCUGUUAUAAGUUUUAGUGAGAAGUCAAGAGAUAGAUUUAACGAGUUUUUGUAAUCUCGAACAAGAAUUAAUGCACAAACAAAUAAACUAGAAAUCGAAUAGCCGACCGAUGGUAAUUUAAUUAUCUGAUAACAACAAGAAAAAAAUGUAUGUGAUAUGUAGUAGCAUCCCAAUAAUAGUAGUCAAUGUUAUCGAUGCUGAAUUACGGAAGAAAUAAUUUAAUUUUCCUCAUGAGAAAAACUUGUCAGUAAAUCGAACUGAAGCCGCCGUAGGUAAGAAAGUGGGCGAAUUGAAACGAUGUUCAUGUUAUUCUUACGAGUGUAAAUUCUUCUGAUUUAAUGCGGGGACUUGAAAUCGCAUGGUUUGCAACAGGCUUUCCGUUCGAUUUUCAGACAAGAUUUCCAACGUUUUCCAAUUUCGCUACCCACCCCCGUAGUCAAAAUAAAAGCCCUAUUCUACCAGGCUGCAAACAAACACAAACCCAGAGGAAAAAGUGCCAACUUUCAUGGCAGUUCUGCGAUGAACUUUGUAAUAGUAAAUAACGAUGUUUAAUCCGGAUGGGCUUUAUUUUUGUGUUUCUCUGUUUGUGGGUUGGCGAAAAUGUAAACACAUUGUGACCGGAGAACAGUACCAGACAGUAGUCGUAUAUUUUAGAGUCAUUUGAAGUGCAACCGAAAAAAAACAAAUAUCCUUAGCUCAGUAAAAGUCCGAAAUAAACAACAGAAAAUAUUUAAAUGUUAGAAUCCCAAAUGGAGAGAAUGGAUAAAAAUAUAACGUUCCAUAUUUCGUGUUUAGAAUUCAGUAGAGAUCUUUUCUGGAAACCGUAAUUUCGUAAAAAAAAUCUAUAAUGUAACAUAAGACGUUUCGCAGCAGGUAGUUUCUUCUAAAUGGCACUAAACCAGUGUCAUUAUGUAAACUUGAUACAUCGAGAAAAACAAUUUAAAAAGAAUGCAGUAAAUAUCAUCAGAUGUCGACAUAUCCGAAAAAGUUGGUCGCGACUAGUCAGUUAGUUAAAUCAGAACUUGGAAAAAACAAAUUGUAAAUAAGCACGCAUCUCUUAUUAGAUAACAUGUCGAAAAUCGGUGUUCAAAGCAUUUGUUUACCCGAACCCAGCAUUUUGUAGCGAAAGAACCAACUAUUUGUGAUGGCGGCAGCGGAAAUCCGUGAAAAGUACGAAAUUAUGAAAUUAAACUCUAGAUAACGAUGUUCAGCAGCUCUCGUCAUGACAUGACAGCAGCUUUGAAACUUUGGAACGAUGAUGAAAUUUAUAAAGGAAAAGAAAACAAUUUUAUACUGUUGAGAAUCUAUAUAAGAAAAUUUAAA